AUGGCACAUACCACGUUUACGCCGGAAGGGCAGAAGACGGAGUCGUUUAGGCUGUUGAGCGGCCACAAGAUCCCAGCCGUUGGACUCGGCACCUGGCAAUCUGGCUCUCAAGCCUCCCACGCCGUUUUCACUGCCCUCCUCGAGGGUGGUUAUAGGCACAUUGAUACAGCUUGGGAAUAUGGUGAUCAGAAUGAGGUCGGUCAAGGGAUGAAGAGGGCUAUGCACGCUGGUCUUGAGAGGAGGGACCUUUUCGUGACCUCCAAGCUUUGGUGUACAGAGUUGUCCCCUGAGAGAGUGCGUCCUGCUCUGCAAAAUACCCUUCAAGAGCUUCAGUUAGACUACCUUGAUCUUUACCUGAUACACUGGCCUUUUCGGCUAAGAGAAGGAGCGAGUAAGCCACCAAAGGCAGGGGACGUCCUUGAGUUUGACAUGGAAGGUGUUUGGAGAGAAAUGGAGAAGCUUGUCAAGGACAAUCUUAUCAGGAGCAUUGGCGUUUGUAACUUCACCAUCACUAAGCUCAAUAAGCUUCUACGCUUCGCUGAAUUGAUCCCUUCCGUUUGCCAGAUGGAAAUGCAUCCUGGUUGGAGAAAUGACCAAAUGCUCCAACUCUGCAGAAUGAAUGGUAUCCAUGUUACUGCCUAUUCGCCGCUGGGAUCUCAAGAAGGCGGGAGAGGUCUGAUACAUGAUCAGACAGUGGAGAGGAUAGCCAAGAAGCUGAACAAGACACCGGGACAGGUACUAGUAAAAUGGGGUCUUCAGAGAGGAACAAGUGUCAUCCCAAAGUCAUCCAAUCCAGAGAGGAUCAAGGAGAACAUCAAAGUUUUUGACUGGGUGAUACCUGACCAAGACUUUGAAGCUCUCAACAGCAUCAGUGACCAGAAACGAGUGAUGGACGGUGAGGAUAUGUUCGUCAACAAGAGCGAAGGUCCAUUCCGAAGCGUGGCAGAUCUAUGGGAUCAUGAAGACUAAUCCAACCCCAAGAAUAUCAAAGAAGGUGUCUGUGGUUAAGAUCAAUCAAUGUAUAUGUUUCUAUAAUAAUAAAAUAAAACAACACAACAAAGGAGCUUCCUAAAGAAAACAUUACUUAUGCCACUAAACACUCAUCGACAACAGAGGAGAGCUUCA